GCCUUAUCGAUAAUAUUUAUUAGUUUUGUCUGCUUUCUUAGUGCUUUUGAGUCAAAGGUAGAGUUUAGCUAACAGGGAUAAUGGGCAUACCAACGGCGGUGCUGCGUACUCAGCUAAUGGGCUUGACCAAUUUUAUUGGCACACACAAAGACCAGGCCGACAAGUACCGUCAGCUGCUGAAAAGUGUGCUCUCAAACACCGGCCCCGAAUUGAUCGAUACACUGAAACUCUUUGUUGAGGCCAUUGUCAAUGAGCAUGUCAGCCUGGUAAUUGCGCGCCAGAUCCUCAACGAUGUGGGCGUCGAGCUAAGUAAAUUGCCCGACGACAUGUCCAAGCAGCUGUCCCACUUUACACUCGAGAAGGUUCAUCCACGCGUCAUCUCAUUCGAGGAGCAAGUGGCUGGCAUACGUUUUCAUCUAGCCAACAUCUACGAACGCAAUCAGCAAUGGCGCGAUGCAGCGACCGUUCUGGUCGGCAUACCCUUGGAAACGGGCCAGAAACAAUAUUCUGUGGAAUGCAAACUGGGCACAUACUUGAAGAUUGCACGUCUCUAUCUGGAGGACAACGAUUCGGUGCAGGCCGAACUUUUCAUCAAUCGCGCCUCAUUACUGCAAGCCGAAACAAAUUCCGAAGAGUUGCAGGUUCUUUACAAAGUUUGCUAUGCCCGCGUUCUUGACUAUCGUCGUAAAUUCAUUGAGGCUGCUCAGCGUUACAACGAACUCUCCUAUCGCAAAAUCGUGGAUCAGGGCGAGCGAAUGACUGCCUUGAAGAAGGCUCUGAUCUGCACAGUUCUAGCCUCAGCUGGGCAGCAGCGCUCUAGAAUGCUGGCUACACUCUUCAAGGAUGAGCGCUGCCAGCAUUUGCCUGCCUAUGGCAUACUGGAGAAGAUGUAUUUGGAGCGCAUCAUACGACGCUCAGAGCUGCAGGAAUUCGAGGCUUUGUUGCAGGAUCACCAGAAGGCUGCCACACCAGAUGGCUCGUCCAUAUUGGAUCGCGCGGUCUUCGAGCACAAUUUGUUGUCCGCCAGCAAAUUGUAUAACAACAUAACAUUCGAGGAAUUGGGUGCUCUGUUGGAUAUACCUGCUGCCAAGGCCGAAAAAAUUGCAUCACAGAUGAUCACGGAGGGUCGCAUGAAUGGACACAUUGAUCAAAUUUCUGGCAUAGUACAUUUCGAGAAUCGUGAGCUGUUGCCCCAAUGGGACCGUCAAAUCCAAUCACUUUGUUAUCAAGUGAAUUCCAUUAUUGAGAAAAUAGGCGUGGCCGAGCCCGAAUGGCUGGAUCAACAGAACUGAAUAAAAUGGGGAUUAGCAUCAUUUGAGAAAUUUA